AUGGCACUAAACACAACGACUAACCUAACCUUCAACUGGACCGGCUAUCUCGCCAAAACUCAAAUGACCACGCCCAGAUAUAUCCGAAUCGGCGCUGUAGCCACCACUCUUCUGCUGAAUUUCGCCAUCCUGGCAUUAUACGUUCGCCACCGCAGCCUGCGAACACCCUUCGCUGUCUACCUUAUCAAUCUUCUCGUCGCUAAUCUGCUUUUUACGGCGCUGUUAUUCGUGGAUCACAUGAUUAAACUGGUCCAACCCGGAUGGCAAUCACGCGCAGCAGUGUGUGACGCAUAUUUAUACGCGUGGUAUCCCGCCGCGAUGGCUAUGACCUGGGCGCAGGUCCUUGUCGUCCAGAACCGCUUGUGGGCGGUGACCUUUCCCUUUUCCUAUCGCCUGUAUCAUUCCCAUCGUGUCGCCGUUGCUGUUUGCGUUGUAAAAUGGAUGUUUGUGCACAUAUUAACGCUGCCGUUUCUCAUUUUGGAAUUUCGGUUGUACCGACGACCUUUCGCCGAGCGUGGCUGUGAUAUCAACUACCAGGCGCAGUACAUCACCGCACACGCUUUACAAGUAUGUAUCUAUGACUUCCCGGUGAUCGCUGUGGUUGCCCUGUAUCCGAUUAUCUGGUACCGGAUGAAUACACGCAAAGCAACCAAACCAAAAACUAGCGCCAAUGGCACAAUGGAGCAGUCUAAAACCGAGACAAAGACAGAUGGCGGGUCGGCGUUUCUCAUGAUGACCUUGUUGAUGGUCAAUGUCGUGGUGUGCUGGUUACCGACGUCGCUUGUGUAUAUCAUCAUGAGUGCAUCGAAUUUAAUGCUUCUGCCGUGCUACGGUGAGGUCCUUCUCGUCCUCGCUGAUGUCUUUUGUUACAGCACUAUCUGCAAUGGAUGA